AUGGUUGUGAAUGGUGUGAGUCCUGAGGAAGGAGCAUUGCUUACCAAAGACAUUAGUGAUGUUCUCUUGAGCACAGUCCCAAAGAAGAAGAAGGUGAUGGUCUCUGAACAAGUCAGUGCUAUAAUUCAGAACAAGAUUCCAGAGAAGCUACCUGAUCCAGGAAACUUUGUGCUAGAUUGCUCAUCUCAACAAGCAGGAAAAAGAAGUGUUCCACCCAAACUCACAUCCCACCCUGCUGCUAUUCCUCACUUCCUUGGGCGUCCUCAUGCACCUAAUGCUUAUACACCACCAUGGAUGAGGAGACAUUCUUCUCAGAGGCAUUUGUUGUCGCUAUCUGAUCCACCAGAUGCCUGA